GUGUUUUUGUUCGAGUUAAAAGACCAUGACGAGGUUCCUCUUGGCUUUAUUUGCGGUGGUAUAUUUGACCUCAGCGCAGUCACAAAUUAGUCCAGUAUCCCUUGAGGAACUUGGAUCGGACAUUGGAAUUCAGGUGUUCAAUCAGGUGGUGAAGACUAAACCUCAUGACAAUGUGGUCAUGUCCCCUCAUGGAAUUGCUUCUGUAUUGGGCAUGCUUCAGCUGGGGGCGGAUGGGAAGACGAAAAAGCAGCUGACGACAGCAAUGCGCUAUAAAGUGAAUGUGGUUGGUAAAAUACUAAAGCGAAUUAACAAGGCGAUAGUUGCAAAGAAGAAUAAGGACAUUGUCACCACGGCCAAUGCUGUGUUUGCCAACAGUGGAUUCAAGAUGGAGGACGUCUUUGUUAGCAAGAAUAAAGAGAUUUUUCAGAGCCAUGUGAGAAAUGUUGACUUCCAGGACAGGAACACAGCUGCUGCUAUAAUCAACCAGUGGGUAAAGAAUGAAACAAAGGGGAUGAUCGACAAUCUGUUAUCAUCUGAUUUAUUGGACAGCUCCAUGACUAGGUUAGUUGUAGUCAAUGCACUGUAUUUCAAGGGACUAUGGAAAUCUCGUUUCCAGCCUGAAAACACAAAAAAGCGAACUUUUCAUGGACCAGAUGGCAAGUCUUCUCAAGUACCAAUGCUAGCCCAGCUUUCCCUGUUCAGGAGUGGGUCAGCCAGUACUCCUAGUGGUCUGUGGUACAACGUGAUAGAGCUGCCUUAUCAUGGUGGAAGUGUCAGUAUGUUGGUGGCACUGCCCACUGAUGAAAACACCCCUCUCUCUGCAAUCAUCCCACACAUCAGUACGAAGACCCUACAAAGUUGGAUGACUAUGACACCGAAGAGAGUCCAACUAAUUUUACCAAAGUUCACAGUGGAGGCGGACGCUAAUCUAAAGGAACCUCUGAAAAACCUUGGCAUCACUGAUAUGUUUGACUCCUAUAAAGCCAACUUCACAAAGAUUACCAGAGCGGAACAAGUUUAUGUGUCGCAUAUGUUGCAGAAAGCUAAAAUUGAAGUGAAAGAAGAUGGCACAAAGGCCUCUGCAGCCACCGCUGCAAUUUUGAUAGCAAGAUCAUCUCCCCCCUGGUUUAUAGUGGACAGACCAUUUUUGUUUUUCAUCAGGCAUAACCCAACAGGUGCUGUGCUGUUCACAGGGCAAAUAAACAAACCAUAAGGACAAUUGCAGAGUGAGGCUGCCAUAUCCUGUGCAUUAAUUGUUUAGAUAUUUGUACAGUGGUCUAGUUUGUAUGUGAAUUAUCAAAUAAAUGGGAUGACAUUGUGUAUUUUUUAACUUUUUUUUUUUUUUUUUUAAUGAUUUUUUUUAUAUGGACUUUUGAUAACAAAAGUUAAUGGUAUAUGUGUGUUUUUUGCUUGUUUUUUUUUUGUAACUACUGAAAUAUUUUUUGUGUGUGAAGUAUUUAGACUGUCCUUUUUUUUUUGUGUGUGUGUAUUUUAGCUUCUUGCAAUAUUUCAUACCCCACUUGUGCCAUCUUUUCUUGCAGUGGUGCUCUUAUGCAUUGAAUGAAGUGUGUAUAUGUGACCAUGCACUAUUAUGGCCACAAGUCAAGCAGUGUUUGUGACUAGAGCGCCUGGGCUUUGCCAAUAAGCCAAACACAAUUUGUGGUCGGCGUCCUGGGCUUUGGCAACCAGUCAUGCAGUAUUUUUGUAGCCAACAUUUCUGUGCUUUCUUAAUCAGAAUAUAUGAAGGUUAACUUUUGUAUUAAUAUAUUUUUCAUGUGUUCGUAGGAGAGAUUUGACUACAUUCCAUUAAUUUUGUCAGAACUGGAGAUUAGACUGUACUGUUUUAUAUUGCUUGUAACAAAUGAUGCAUGUGUUAUUUUAAAUAAAACGUUCCAGACUGCAUCUCUUCUUUGAGGUGCUUUAAAAAAUA